GUGAAAGAAUAUGACCUUUGGCAUCGGCUAAGGCAUCCUAACAUCCUCCCGUUGGAGGGUAUCUGUUAUCCUCAUCCUGACAGCAACAUCCCGGCGUUCGUUUCCUGCUGGCAGGAGAAUGGGCGAAUCAAGGAUUUCGUCAAGGAGAGGCCAUAUAUUGACUACAUACGACUAGUACGUAUGGUUGAAGGCAUUGCUGAGGGGGUACGUUAUCUCCAUGAAAACAAGAUUAUUCAUGGCGACCUAAGAGCUGCGAACAUACUAAUCUCAGAUACUCAAGAGGCAUUAGUUACAGACUUUGGCAUUGCUAAGGUUGACAGUGGAGACGGAGUCCAGAUUUCUUCUGCGUUUCAAGGGAACGUCCGUUGGAUG